UUUAAUGUAGAUAAAGUAUCUGUAACCUUGUUUUAGAUAUUAUAAAUACAUACAUAUAUAAAUAUAUAAUUAUAUACACACAUAUCUACCUACAUGGCUUAUUCUCAUCCAGAGAAGAGGAGCGGACUACCACGGCAAUUGUGGAAGUGGCUACAGAGUCUCGAGUUAUCGUUCUCACCCAAAAACAUUCGAAGAGACUUUGCUAAUGGUUAUGUUGUGGCAGAGAUCUUCUCGUGUUACUAUCCAGAGGAUUUUUCUUUGCACUCCUAUGAAAAUGGAGCAUCACUGGCCACCAAGCAGGGCAACUGGUCUCAGAUUGAGAAGGUGAUGCUGAAACGGAGCCUCAGUCUUGAUAAGGAAGCUAUAAAUGGCACCAUGCAUUGCAAACCUGGAGCAGCUGAAGCUCUCGUUCUGAAAAUCUACACAAUGCUGACAAACAGAAGGAUUAAAAGUGCCCAUGAGGAGGCACUGGACUUCACAGAUCAGAAUUACCAGAAGCAGCUGCCCAUGGUAGCUCGAGCCACAGCAUCUACAGCCAUCAAGAACAACCUAUUUCUCAGUGAGGAAUUGGCUGAAUCCAACAUCUUCAUGAAGCAGAGAAAAAUCUACAACAUCAUCCAUCACCAUGUUGACCUCAGGAGAGAGGAAAGGAGCCAAAACCCCCAGCGAUUUGAUAUAAAGUCCACUCUGGAAGAGAAAGCUGUGCAAUUACCACCAGCACACAUGGACGGCACAACCAGUAUGGCUGCCUGUAAGAACAGUGAUUUAGUAUUUAUAAAUGAGAAAUAAAAUUUCCACUCAGUAAUAAAAGUACUACAAACAGUACUACAAAAUCAUAAUAAUUAAGUGCAUCUGGCAGAACAUAACAGUUUUUAGAUGUUAUUACUACAUAUGCAUAAUGCUUUAUAUGCUAGACCUUUAUUUACAGUUUACUAUGGAUCCCUAUGGAUUUUUACUUUAGUUUAAUUUCAUUUUUAGUUUCAUUUCAAGAGGUACAAAGCCUAAUUUUUACAUUUUUAAAAAUGAAGAAGCAAAUAUAUUAAAUUCCUGUCUUUUGAAUGUUGCCAAGUGGCCACGAUUUAAGCAAGAGCACAGCUGCUGAACUUUUCGUAGAUAACAAACUUGGCAGAAAAAAAACAAAAAACACUCUGACAUAUUUCUUAGUUCCACUUUGUAUGUUAUUUCCUUAUACAGUAUAAUAUUUUGACUGUUAUAUUUUACUUAACAGCCACUUUAUUUAUAUUAAAAUGCCAAAUGAUUUUUAUUUGUGCGUCAUAAUUAAUGGGGGUCACACCGAUCAAAGACAUUGACAGAUGACAAUGUCACACCAGCCCUAUUUUGUAACAGGAUUUAUAAUAAAUAUAUAUACUCAAUAUUC